GGAACAUAUCAUUUAUUUUAGUUAUAGAAUGUAAAUAAAUGUAGAAGGCAUUCAAUUCAGUAAUAAAUGCAGAAGUUUUGAAAACUGCAGUGCUGUACAAUAAUAAGUUUUUAAGACGGAAAUCCUUCAGCGACUGUGCACGCAAAGUGCUUCUGAAGCAGUCGGAUAUGAAACCAGUUAACAUUCGAAAUUCUAAGAUGUUUAAAACCAUAACUUUUUCUAUAUUUAAGAAUUGUGAAAUCAUUUUCUAAAACUUCCUACAAUACAUUAUUUUAAAUUUCCCUAACCCUGGGCUUCGCACACACAGGGCAGAGGCGGGAUUCAACCCCCAACCCCGGAGUUGCAAGCCACCAUAUACAAAUAUUUGAAGAACUAAAGAGAUGCAGAUAGUGCUGUGACAUUGCAUUACAUUACACCAAGGAUGAAUAUAUUUUAUUAAAUAUAUGUGGGAAAACUGUUUGCUUUUGUGCCAGCCCAGAAAAUGACAUUACAAGUCCAUUCAUUUCCAUGUUAUAUCAGGACAAAAAUUUUCCCAGGAAUUGAAGGAGGGGCUUCAGCAGCAGCUCCUUUCCACCUCCUCUUACCCAGUCCAUAUUUUCAGCCCAGGCUGUAACAUGAAAACAUGAGUGAUCUAUCUGUCUGUUCUGUUUUUACCGUCUUUUUCUGAGAUGGGUUCCUGGAACAACGCUUCGACGGAUGUAGAAUGGCUUGUGUGAAAAUAUACUUGUGUUCUAACCCUGAUGACUCUGUAACGGAGAGGAAGGUGCUGAGAGAGCAUGUGUUCCCUAAAAUAAGGGACCACUGCAGACGUACACAUGGCGUAGACUUCAGGGUUAUUGACCCUUAUGAAGAGCCAAACCCAGAUAAGUGGCCAACGCAGCAGGUGCGAUUGCAGUUAAUCGAGGACUGUCGGCAGAAUUCGCUGGGCCCUUUCUUUGUGAGCCUAGUGGGGUCGCAGUAUGGAGCUGCAUGUUUACCAGAACAGGUGGAGCUUUCUGAGUAUCUCACAGUGCUGCGAGUUUGCCAGGAGAUGGGAUUCAGCUCUGAAGUCCUAGAAAAUUGCUACAGAAGGGAUGAGAACACCAUACCCCCAUCAUUCUGCCUUCUCAGUCAACAUGAGCAUGAUCAAUAUAAUUCCCAGCUAGGGCAGAAAAUUGACAAGAAUGUUUGGAAUGAUCUACUUGCAAAAGGGAGGAAGACUUUAAAUGAUGUUAUUACCCAGAGUCUUUUAGAGGGCAGUAUUGACCAAGAAAAUGCUCAGAAAUAUUUUAGGUCAGGGCUUGAGAACGACCUCCGCUUUGCACUGGAUGGCCAAUCUGGUGCUGAUAUCAAAAGGUGUCUUUGUUAUGUUUAUAAAACUGGUAAAAGGGCUGGCCAGAGGAAGAAAGGAAAUGAACCAUAUUCAGAGCACCAAGCUUUGCGACUGUCCCAGCUGUGUGAUAAUUUCCUACCAGACCUGGUUAGGACCCACCAGGCCCUGAUAUACACCAGCACCAGCAACAACAGUGAGUGUGAUGAUAAACAGAGCUAUACUGAAGAACUGAGCCACCAGCUUCAUUCAGAUCUUGUAGGUCUUAUAGACCAAUCUAUUGUCAAGGAAAGAGAUCAAAUCCAUCAUUCAUUCUCCCAGCAGAGAAACCUGUGUCACAUCCUUUCCACUCUAUACAGAAUUGAGCGUGCAGAAGUCAGCCAAAUAAGAGCUUACUUGGAGCAAGACGCACAAUAUCCACUUAUUCUAACUGGUGGGCCAUGUACAGGCAAAAGUGUACUUUUGGCCCACUGUGCAAGUCAGAUUCAAGCAUGGAUGAAGGACCAGAACCCCGUAGUUAUUGCACACUUUGUAGAUUUUAAUAGUUCUUUGAAACAAAUUCUCAGCAGCAUAUGCCAGCAAAUUGCUUUAUGCCACAGUCAGCAGUACAACACGUGUCUCAAAGACAUUUCGCAAUUGAAAGAAACUUUCAACAACCUCCUAACCACAAAUUCACCAAAUCUUCUAAUCCUCAUUAUAGAUGGGCUGGAUCAAAUGCCUGAUACACAUACACCACUGGACCUAACCUGGCUUCCCAAGAAUUUACCUUGUAAUGUUAAGCUCCUAAUCUCAUCUACACCAACAAAGUCUGGCUUUCUCUCUGCCAUAAAGACAUAUUACCAGGAAUCCUCACUGUUUAUUGACCUACAACCAGUAAAUAGCAAGAGCUGCAGCCAGAUGCUGACAACCCUCCUUUUGGCAUGUAACAGAAAGAUAACAUCUGGCCAACAGAUGUAUGUAAAUCAAGCUUUUAAAAAAUGUGAUCUCCCAUUGUAUGUGGAGCUUCUCUACAGACAGGUGUGUUACUGGCGUUCAGAUUUAGAGAUCACACCUGACACAUUGGUCCCAGGGGUUCACACGAAUAUUGGCCUGUUUUUAGACAAGCUCGAAGAAAAGCAUGGAAAAGUAAUAGUCGCCAGAAGUCUAGAAUAUCUCACCUUGUCCAGGUUUGGUUUGACAGAGGCCGAACUGACUGAUAUUCUAUCUUGUGAUGAUGAGGUUCUACUACCAUUCCUCCCAGCAGAUGACUAUGCACCAUAUAAGUUAAGAGUUCCCGAGGUUGUGGUAGAGAGGUUACUGUUAGACCUAAGGGGGUUUCUGAAAUCACAAAAUAUAUUAGGCACACAAACUAUGUUCUGGGUCAGCAGACACUUUGUCUUAGUCAUCCGUAAGAGGUACCUGGGCUUAGACAAUCAACAGAAAAUACACUCUUUGAUAGCAAACUAUUUUAGUGGCCGAUGGGCAUAUGGCACAGCUAAGCCAUUGCUCAUCGCUGCAAGUACUAGCCAAAAUGCCAUGCCAAUGAAGAUUUAUGCUGACAGGCAAGUUCCUGGUCAACCUUGGACAUUUCAGCCCUUCAGGUCCAUUGUGACUAGAUCUGGUUCAUCUGAGUGUGCACAUCCCAAUCUAAGGAAAUUGCAGGAACUGCCUUUCCACUUACUGGGGAGUGGAACUAUUGAGGAGCUUGUUAGAGUGUUGAUGUCACAAGAGUUCCUUAAUGCAAUGUUCUGUGCAAUGUUAGUAGAUGAGUUGGUAUUCUGGCUAGAGAAGACAUCUCAAAUUGUGUUUUCCAGGGAACUCAGACUCCUAAUUUCUGUCCUGAGAAGUUCACCCUGUUUGGUAAAGAACUGCUCUGCUGAUUUGGCUUUGGUAAUGCAGGUCAAGCUCUUCCCCUUCUUCAAGGUUCUUCCGAAAUUAAAGGAAUCUGUCAACCAGGCAGGACAUGAUGGUAAAAUGGGAAGUCCUGGGGUGAAUAUGGUAUUAUGUCCCACACCCUCUGUGCCUGCCACUCAUUGGGUGCUGCCAGCAGUUGAAGUAUCUCCAAUUACAAGAGCAGCUGUAUCUCAGUCUGGCUAUGUGGUAGUAAUUCAGAACAAUGGUUCUGCUUGGGUCUGGAAUGGAACUGAUUCAGAUGGAUACAAAAUCCCCCAGUCCUCUGAACUACAGUUUACAGAUGUCAGAUGUUCUGCAAAUGUAUUUAUUCUCUCCACAGACAGUGGCAACUUCCUAUCAUUGGACAUGGAUGCUCCGUUGUACCUCCAGCAACUUCAAAUCCAACAUUCAGAAGGGCCACUAAAGGGCAUUGAGGGUGUAUUGAUGUCCAGCGGCAAGACGUUUAUAUUCUCAAAGAAAAGCAAUUCUGUCAGUGUGUUUGCAGAGGGAACAGAAAUUGCUCCAGUCCAAUGUUCCUAUGACAUAACAUGCAUGUCUUCUUGUGAUGGUCACAUGAUUUGCUGUGGACAGAACGAGGGUACCGUCAGUAUAUUUGACACCCAUAGUGGUAAUCUUUUGGCCUCCUUUAUUUGUUCAUUAGGCACAGCUUUGUGUGAUCUCAUCCUUCACAAGAAUGAAGCGACAAUAACAUGUAUUGACUGCACAGGAAGUGUGUUUGUUUGGGACCUGAAGGACAUUAACAAACCUAUAUUUAUUACAAAGAGGUUGAGCUGCAACAAGAAAGAGGUGUUAAAUAUAGACCACAUAGAAAGCAACCUUCUUAUCUGUAAAAGACAACAGAUUCAAAUAAUUCAAGGACAUUUGUUAGCUGUUGAAGAGCAAUUUAAUGCACCUAGGAGUAAAACAUUUGUGCAAGCAAUUCUGGAUCAUGAUGCACACUUCAUCAUUGCUUUGAUGGAGAACUGCCCAUUUCUAUUGGUCUGGAAUUGGGUCUCGGGGCAAUGUCUGUUAAACCUUGACAUUAGAAGUAGCCAAGCUUUCAAACUUAUAAAGUUCAGGGAUACUUACCUCACAGCUGUGACAAGCACAGGCAUUGUCAGUUGGGACAUGGAUCUUAUUUCAGUAGCAGCCUCCACUCCAAAAUCUAGUGGGAAAGUGAUGAAAGUCAUUGUGGAACCAGAUGAGGAGCACUUUUACACCACAGAUGGGUCUGAGAUGGUGUGGAAGUGGAUAGUGCUGGGUGGGAAGGUGGUGGGGCACAUGCUUCACCAUGGUCCUGUAGAGAGCUUGACUCUUUCAGCAGACAGUGUUUACAUGGUCACCAUUGCCUCUGGUGAUAUCUAUGUUUGGAACACUAGUACACAUGAGAACAUUCACAGAAUCCAUGGCAGCCAAGCAUCUCGCACACUGAUAACUCCAAAAGGUCAUUUUGCAGUGUCACUCUCAGAAACAGGCCCAUCAAAGGUCUGGAAGUUGUACAAUGGACAUGUGGUUUGUUCCAUUCACCAUCAUCUCAGAGAUGCCGUCAUUACCUCAGAAAGUACUUUCAUUUUGGGCAUUAAUAAAGGAGCUCUCCUUGCUGUCAGUCUCUGGUCUGGUUAUGUUAGCAAACGGUUCUACACUUCUGACUGGUCAAAUGUUGCUGUCUUCCACACACUGUCAGACUAUCCAGACUAUGUGAUUGUGAUUACCAAUUCGGGAGCUUUGUACUCAUGGAAACUAACAGAAGAUACCAUUUGCCACCAGUUCCAGUUUUCAGAGUGUUUUGAGUAUCCACCGCAGUUCUUUAUGCUCUCAUCAGAUGGAUGUUAUGGCAUAAUUUCUGUAGUUGGAUCCAAGAUCAAUAUCUUGGACGUUUGCCAAGGUAAACUGUGCUCUUUGAAUGCUGAGGGACCAGUCUGCCAACCGCUUGUGGACAUUUCGGGUAAAUAUGCAGUAUAUAUCUGCAGCUCAUCAGUGAGAUGUCAAAAUUACUCUUGUGACCUCCAUACCAAGCAGAUCUUGGUUAUCAUACGGGUAACAGAUGGGAAGACGGUGAGCAAGUUCUACCUGUGUAAGAAUGCUACUGCUCUAACACUCUCUGAGAAGUUGUGUGUGUAUAUUGGCUUUGAGGAUGGUGCUGUUGGAGUGUAUGCUAUCAAUGACACAGAAGUAGGAUACAGCAGUGCCAAUGCUAAAUACCAGAGCACUGAACUCGUGUGUCCAUUUGAUGAACCUGUGCUUUGGUUGCCAUUGGCAACCCCUAAUCUUACUUGGGCUGAAUUAUUGUAAAUGUAUUUAACAUUGCUAUUUUAUUACCUAUCUUAGAACUAUGAGAAAGAUAUGUUCCUGUAUUUCAUGUGGUAACCUGGUGUCUUCUGGAAUAAAUGUUUGUAUAACUUUUCAGAUUGAAUUCACAUUGUAAUGUUGCUACUCCAUUCAACAGCCAACUGUAAAUUUGUGUAUCUUUGUUACAUAUAGACUGUUCAAAUUAUGCACCUGAUGCUUUAUUUUACUCAGAACUGUGUAAGAUUACUACUGUAAAUGGCGAUGAUAUCAACAUCAUGACUGAAUAAUGAACAGUACUAGACUAACUGUUAACAUCUCCUGGGGGCCAACUGUAAUAUAAUUUUGAAUAACAAUAUAGAUGGAUGGAUAGAUAGAUAGAAAAAUAGUUUUUCUUUUCAUCCCUGAGGGAAAUAGUUUUGUCACAGCAGCAGAUAAUUACAGACAUUAUACGACAGACUCAACUGUAAGUCAGUAAGUAACGUGGAUGCAUCAAGUGUCAUGUGGAAAUAAAAUGUCAAAUGAAAUAAAGUGACAGUGAAUUAAUAAAUACAAUAAAACCAGAACACUAAAGAUAAGUGUAGACAAUCUGAAGGAGGCAGAUUACAAGCAAAGUAUAAAUGUGUAUUGGCGGUGUUGUGCUUGAGUAAAUUUUAUGGAGGUGUGUCAGUGUGUUUAUAAUCAGAGACGAUCAUUGACCUGGUGGAUGAGUUAUCAAGACCGAUGGGAGCAGGUAUAAAGGACAAUUAUUUGCUGCAGCAUGGCUGGAUUAGUAUGGAGCUGAAGGUGCUCCACUGACUGGUUAGAUAGUCAUGGAGGGGGUGAGAAGCAUUGUCCAGAAUAAGCAGCAGCUUACUCAGAAUACUCUUCUGAAUAAUCAGUCCCAGGGAGUCUAGGUUGGUCCUGAUUACCUGAUUACUUCUCCUGCCUUAUUGCCACUCCCCCAGCACACUUGUACUGGUAGUACACCCUGGAUGGGAUGCCAGUCCAUCACAACACCAUGAACAUACACACACUCCUCAACACUGAGGAGCAAUUUAGAAUAGCCUAUCCAUCUACUGACUUUUUUAGGAGGUGUGAGGAAACCCAUGCACACACAGGAAGAUCAUGCGGCGCAGACAGGAGCUCAGGAUUGAACCAGGAACCCGGGAUCUAUGAGGCGGCAACAUUUUCCUCUAUCCUCUAUCGGCCAUGUGGAUCAGCUAAAUGCAGUGCUAAUACAUCUUAUUAAAAGGUCUUAGGAGAAAAAAAAUCCACUUGAUUUGAGAACUAAUCAUUGAGUUAUUGUUUGAGUUCAAAGGUCAAUGCUGUUAUACCUGUUUAAAAAAAAAAAACAGCUGGCCAGAUGUUACACGCAAAUGAUAUUAUUAUACUUGAAUAUACUAAGAUUAUACUAUUGUAUAGUAACAUUUUAGAAUGCUAAUUACCUAUCCUGCAUGUUGUCCAUAAUAAACGGUACAUCUACUUUUAUUA